AUGUCAGACCAAUUGCCGGACGAGGAUUUUCAACGCAUAGGUUCAUCUGCUCAUCGAGUAGGCUCAUCCGGUGACUUCAGCGAAGCACCUCCACCACCCCCAAGCGUUCCGAAUACAAGCAGAGAAGCCCUUCGUGGCAGCGAACGAACUCCUGUUAUUACAUCUCCAACUGGCUCCGAUUUCGCGCAAACGGUGAGUAUUCAUAUUAUUGCCGAUCCGACGAUCGAUAAUCAGACAAGUUUUCCAUCAUCCCCGUCCACGUCCACUGAUCGAAGUCAGCUAACGCAGCCCAUUUUUGAUCCAGCAAACUCGUCUGCACCUAACGCUGACGCGGUUCCACCGACGCAGCCCUUUUGCCUACCUCCGGUUCCCGAUUUCAACCAAGAAACGUUGUAUACUGCUGCUGAAUCUUCACAAGCUGGUAACGUUUUCUCGGGUCCAAGUCAUAUUCAUUCUUCUUUUUUCUUUUGCAACGAACAUUUCUUCACUCUGUUUACUGUGGGUCUAUGA